AUGUCGCGGUACGGAUUGUCUACGUUCAGCUCACCAGAUGAUGCAAAAUUCGAUAUAGUCUUUGUCCACGGUCUGCGUGGGAACCGUGAGAAGACUUGGACCAAGGGUGGGAUUUUGUGGCCUCGAGACCUGCUCGCCCCCGAACUUCCAGAUUCUAGAAUUAUGAGCUUCGGUUACGACUCCGCUAUUAUCCACUCGGACACCACAGAAGUCACACAAGGAAGUCUUACAAAUGUCGCUCGCAGUCUUUGUGGUUCACUAACCACGGUGCGAAGCACACCAGAGACUGCCAACCGACCCAUCUUGCUUGUGGCCCAUAGUCUUGGAGGUCUUGGUAUCGUAUUAUUGGGCACACCUUUUGGAGGCUCAGUUUUGGCAAAGUGGGGUGAUCUCAUCCGCAAGGUUUUUGAAACAGUGCAAAAGACAGAUGCAGGGACUCUCAAAUCUCUCAAACUAGACUCGCAAGAACUGAAAGACCUGGAAAAGAUCAAAGUUGUCUUUUUCUACGAAGAGCUUGAUACCUACAAGAUAAGAGUCGUUGAACAAUCAUCUGCGGCUUAUUUCGGACUUGGAGAGAUACUACCGCUUCGCGCUAAUCACACCGAGAUUUGCAUGAUCAAUUCCGAGGAUGAUCCCGGCUAUGGGCUGGUCAAGGCAAAGAUACUGGAACUACUUCAUUAUAAUGGAAAAUCCAAACCACCAGUGCGAUCUGGCGGUAAUACCAACAACUACUAUGGCAAAAUAUUAAACAAUGUUACAGGGGUCCAGCACAUUGGAACUCAGAACGUCAACUUCUAA